UCCAGGAUAUUUUUUUCUCCUGGUUCUUGGUUGCCGUAUGCAGCGCGUGCGUUUGUCAGCGUUUGAGUGUACUGCACUAACUGAAGACUGUAGCUGCGAUCUAAACCACACUGCAGGAGAAGCACCACCAUGGAGGACCAUGGUAGCAUCUACUCCUGGUUUGCCCACCCUAUGUAUGGCCACUACUGGCAGCAUUACCAGCAGGCUAUGAACUGGCACCAGAGACACAGGCAGGCCUACAGAAAGGCCUGGGAGGCUGCCUACGGGCCAGGGUACCCCCAACAGUACCCCACUGCCCCCCAACGCUAUGCAGACUGGCAUGGGGGAGAGAGGAGAGCAGAGGAGACGGUCGCUGCUAAGGACCAUGUGGAAGAGGAUUUGGAGGGGGGCGCAGAUGACGAGGAGUGGGACGGAGAAAGUGGCUCGGACAGCGAAAUCGAAUGUGAUGUCAGCAACAUGGAGAUCACAGAGGAGCUGCGCCAGUAUUUUGCCCAGACUGAGCGGCACAAGGAGGAGCUCAAGAAGCAGCAGCAGCUGGAGGCGGAGCAGCUGGAUACUUACGUGUUGGCCGACCAGGACAUGCACAGAAUUUCCUGGCACGGCAGGUCGCUGCCCCCCUCUGAGCGGCCGGGCGAGCGCCGAGGCUCUGAGAUGAAGAAGCUGUACGGGGAAGACGCGGCAAAGGUCCAGGGCAUGGAGACGGCCAUGCAGCUCACCUUCGACAGAAACUGUGACAAGAAACAGCCCAAAUACUGGCCCGUCAUCCCUCUAAAACUGUAGCUCCACUACAGACAUCUAUCUUCUUCCAAUGGAGCUCACCCACACACUGUUCCAGUCUAGACAACCCCCUGAAACAUAGAGCUGAGAAACUGGGUCAUGUUCAGUAGGGAGGAAACUGAUUGAAAUGGAGAGGUACUCCCUGCAACCUGAUCACAGUGCCUAAACAUUCCCCUCUCACCAUAAUAUCGUAUGUCAACCAACAUUUUGGGGGGGAAUUUUAUUUCUGUUCUUCUGGUUUCACAAUGAAAUGAUGACAAAUUCAUAAGAUGCAGGCACAAGAAGAGGACGAGUAUACACAAUUUGCAUAAAUGUUUAAGCUCCCCCAGCAAAUUGAGUUUACAGACUCCAAAGUUAAAUCUUUUUUUCAGGCUACCUGUUCUGUCAACAAGCAUGGUUUCAUGUCCAGGUAGCCUUCAAUCUAUGAUCCUCUUAUUGCUGUCAAGGUAGUUCUUUUUUUAUAUAUUUUUUUAUUUGGGUGGAUUUCUUUCCUAUUUCAUUCAACCAUAAAUGAAGAAAGAGAUGGUUUUGAUUUCAUCAUCUCCAGAUACUGCAUAAUAGCCUCCGCCUCUAUGUUUGUCUGCUUCUUUCUCAACAUUCAGAUGGGUUGUGUCUGUCUCAGCGGCUCAGGUAGAACAAUGUGUUGGUUUCUUCCCGUGUGUCUGUUUCAUAUCAAAAUCGUUUGUAUUUUUUUUUUUUUAUAAGAUUGUUGAUAUAGUUUCUAAUAAAGAAUGUUUGUGAUGAAUUGAAACUCUAAAUAUGUUAUCAGAUUUGAAAUGUCAAAUUCUGUUUCAGUGAGGCUAAUAAUCAUUUAUGUCCCUGUAAAUAGAAUUUUGGUACUUUGAUUUCAUUUGGUCUGAGUCUGUUAUAUAUGAGAAUCCAGCCACUGAGUGGAUUCCGGCAUAGCUGUAGUGAAGGUUUUGGCUUUGAUUUUUAAAGCAACUUACUGUCACAGGUAAUCAGCUGGUCCAACUGCUAGAAAAGAGGCCAGCACACAGAACAGACCUCUACUCUAGUGAGUUACAUCUACACACGCUUGACAUUUACAUUGGGGUCAUGGUGCAACAAAC